CUCUUCCUUCCCCCACCCACCCCCCUCAUAUACCCACCCCCACCCACAAACUUUUUCACCGUUUUUCUGCUCUUUCUGACUCAUCACCAAUUCAAUCACACAACACAGUGGUGUAGAGAGAAAAUGAGCAAGGGGUUAACCACUUCAGGCGGUUGACCUAGAUAAAUUAUCAGAAAUGGGUAAUUGCUGCUGUUGUUGUGUUUCGAAAGGAGUGGAAUUGAACGGUUCACCUUCAUUCUGUCGUUAUCCCACAGUGCCGGAAGAGCGCGAACCCUUGUCAUCUCAUCAUGUCACUGCUGCAGCACUCUCCACUGCGCUUUUGGUUGAUACAAAUCUGGACACCUCAAGUCCUGACACUUAUAGACCACCUCCAAUGCCAAUGCCUUAUGAAACAUAUGUGGGUAGGCCCAGGACGCCGCCAGGUAAUCAAGAUGGUAUCAAGAACGAGGCAGCAGUUCAGGAAACAAGCACUGAAACUGGUGUUGCGCUGAACACAGCAGAUGCUGUCGAAGCUGCAGAGAAGGAUAAUAAGGAGUCUGAAGGCAUCGUGCAAGCAGACGUCCAGCUUGCUGCUUUAAAGGAAGUGGAAGAUGAACUCGAGGAGUCCGAUGAACUCAAAAAAUCCAAUAUCCUUGUAUUCUUACCCCCGCAAGAAGAGUGUCCCAUCUGUCUUGAAGAAUAUGAUGCUGAGAAUCCAAAACUGAGCACAAAAUGUGAGCAUCAUUUUCAUCUUUCAUGCAUUCUUGAAUGGAUGGAGAGAAGUGACACCUGCCCCGUUUGUGAUCAGGAAACGGUUUUUAAUCCUGCAAUUGAUGGAUAACAACGAGAAUUCUGCUAUUGGCAGUUGGUCGCGGAAGUGACUUUUGUUGUAUGCCAAGAAGUGUUGUUCGAUACUUUUGUGCCCAUGGCAGUUAACAGCUUUAGCAGUAGUUUCUUCACAUGUUUCCUUGUGUUUGCUUCAAAUCAUUCAGCUUGGUUGUGGGAAAUAAUUAGGAUAAUGGUUGAAAAAGUUUUUAAAAAAGAAAGGAAAAAGGAACAUUUGGUUUCAUUACGCAUCAUAGGUUCGUUUUCCAUUGUGAAUAUCCCUUUUUAUCCACGAUAUAUAGGUUAUUCAUCAUUUGCAAGUUGUAUUGCAUUUCCAAAUUUGCAGAUUUUUGUGCAUCUCUGUAUCUACCACCCAUACACAAGUCUUCUUUUUUUCUUUUUCUUUUUUUGGUUAUUUGAUUAUGAAUUGGUAGCUCUAUUUUCUUUGUUUGUAAAUAUGCAGUAUAGCAACUCCUCCAUUUUUGUGUACAAAACCAUACUUAAACAUUGAAACUUAGUGCAAUUUCACAGUUUUUUUACGUA